AAGGGAGAGAAGAAGAGGAGGAAAGAUCUCUCCAUUCUCUCCAUUCCUCCCUCCCUCCUCCCUCCCUUCCUCCAUGUCCAGGCAAAGGGUCUUCUCCCCCUCCAGGGCCACAGGUUGGACACUUUCAUUGAUGCGAGGGUGACGGGAACAGCAGGGUUUCUAUGAAUGUCGCAAGGCCCCGUGACCUGCCGGCUGUCCUUUGCCAGCUGCCUGGGGCCCGCGGGGGGAGACGACGCGGACCUUGACGCAGCCUACCUCAAUAUGGCCAGGCAGCCCGUCAUCCUCAACGUAUAUGACAUGUACUGGAUCAACGAGUACACUUCAUCCAUCGGCCUGGGUGUGUUCCACUCAGGGGUGGAGAUAUACGGCACAGAGUUUGCCUAUGGGGGCCACCCCUUCCCCUUCUCCGGCGUGUUUGAGAUCACGCCCAGGGACGCGGAGGACCUCGGAGACCAGUUCAAGUUCAAACAAAGCAUCCACCUGGGCUACACAGACUUCACGGAGGACGACACCAAGCGCAUCGUGGCGGAGCUGGGCAAGGACUUCCGGGGCGACAGAUAUCACCUCAUGAACAAAAACUGCAACCACUUCUCCUCCGCCCUCACACAGAUACUGGUUGGGCGCGAAAUCCCGACAUGGGUCAACCGGCUUGCGUACGUGUCCUCCUGUGUCCCCUUCUUGCAGCGAUGUCUACCCAGGGAGUGGCUGACCCCUGUGGCACUGCAGCAGACUAUCGACCGGCCCUCCCCUGGGACACCAAACUCCCCUGGGACGCCAACUCCACCCUCCAUACAACACCAGUCCAUCACCACCACAAUCCACUCUAGCGACGGUGGUGGUGGUGAGGGGGGUGGUGGUAGGCGGAGUGGGGGUGGUAGUGGGUCCCAUCACCACAAUCACCACCACCACCACCACCGUCAUCACCACCAGGCCAGGGCGCGGAUCACCACGGCCUCCACCAACACCUCCGCCAAUGUCGCGAACUCCUCUGGUAACCCUUCCUCCUCCUCCUCCUCUUCCACCUCCUCCUCCUCCGCCUCCUCCACCUCCCCCCCCUCCUCGUCCAACGUGGGGUCAACGUCGUCGUCAGCUGGAGGGUCGAGGCGGAGUUCCUCGCACCCGAGGAACUCGCUAUAAGGGCGGUUGGGGUGACCUGUGUUGACCUUUUGUUUGACCUUUGUUUUGACCCUUGAUUUGAUAACUUGUUUUACUGAUAAGAUUUUGAUUUGACCUGAGUCUUGA